AUGAGACCAUCAUCAAAACCAUUACAACCAAAGCCGUCAUCUGAAGCGAAACCACUACAACCCACAAGAUUCACGUUUGUCCCAGUGUCAGAGUGGGCACCAGAGAGAGCCCCGUUACAUGAGUCACAGAAAAACAAGACAGGAAGAUCACCAAGGGAAAAACAGACUCCCAAAAGACCACAAAUAUCAAAACCGGAAGAUGAACCAGAACCAGAACCAGGAUCAGAGAGAAAAACACAGGAACCAACAGAAAUUAACCUACAGCAGGACAAGCCAGAGUUUGAUAAACGGUAUUUGAUUGCAAACUUGAAAGAGGAAGAAGCCAAGUUCAGGGCCACACGAGCCAGCAUGACUCGGGCAGAAAGAAAGAAGGCAUGGAACGACCUGGCGGGAUUCUCACUGGAAACACCUUAUUCAAGAAAGCUGUACGGCAAACCUCAGGAUUUCAGGUUGGCCAGGAGGCUCAGAGCAACUGAGCUGAUUCGGAUGGUAUUCGGCUAUCAGCUCACUGCACGCUUAAAAAAAGAGAUGGAAUCCAGGGUACCGAACCGGCUUCGAGGCAGCAAUAUGAGAGAUGUCAGACUCAUAUGUGUCGACACUGACAAGGCCAAGAAAAUGCCCGGAGAACCAAGCAAGACCGAGUCGUUCCAUCUCGGUGUGGCUAUUCUGGACACCAGGGAUCUCCGAGACGUCAUCCGACAUGGCUUCAAACUUGAUAAUCCAUCAGAUCUCAUUCGAACAUAUCAGUUUGUCGUCCAAGACAGCGUGCCCAAAGUGGACCAUUUCUGUUUCGGCGACACAGAGGCCAUAUCUGUAGGCGACUUGAGGCGCAGAUUUGUUGAGUGGCAGGGAGGAAGAGACGUGAUCGGCGUUGCAUACUCGGCUCACAGCGACCUGGCCAUCUUGAAAGAGUUCAACAUCAUCCUGAGCACAAUCUUCUGGAUCGAUCUGGCCCUAGCACAAUACAUUCCAUUUCAAGAAGCAACUGCACCAUCGCUGGCGGUUGUGAUGAACAGGCUGAGGAUCCGCUACGCAGGCAAGCUGCACGAACCGGGGAACGACGCGCAUUUCACCAUGAGGACUCUCCUUGGACUCGCAGUUCUGGAUUUCUGGCGCGAGUGGACUUAUUGGGAAGAUGGGCUCAGUGCUAUCCCAAGCUGGUACGGCCUAGCUACAAAGAUAAUUAGGGCUGAGACCCCAAGACCAGAACGACAUUUCUCUAUGGAUUGA